GCCGUGUACAUACCAUUACCUCUCCACCAAGUUCGUCACCGCGAGUCACUGGCAAUCUGCAAGGAUUCCGAGUACGACCCCAAGGGUUGUACUCAGUACUACAUAUGUCAAGCCUCCUGAGCACAGUCGUGGUUUGUCACUGUCAAUAUCCAUGUCACGUAACCCGUGGAGAACCGGUACUUGGGCUGUGCCAGCUGGGUCUUCGACGCUGAAUCCGCCAACAAGGUAUAAGGAUAGACUACUCUCCCAACUUGAAGCCUGUGAGUCUUCGUGAGCGCUGUCCGAGUCUGUUCAGUGCACGUUUAGUGUCUCACUCUUCGCCAGUACGAUGAUCAUCAGGGGUGACCUGGUACAUUGCCUUGGACUUGGAGAAUUGGAGAUCCUUCGCGAUCAUGUACUCGUUGUCAGCCUUUCGGGCUUCAUAGGCUACCUAGGGGCAGCGCACUCCCCGGAAUCCAACGAAAUUCUUAAUGCAUCGGAGCCACCAAUCGUACUGGAGCGAGGCACCUUCUUGGUGCCAACAUUCUGCGACCUGCAUCUUCAUGCUCCGCAAUUUCUCUACCAGGGAACAGGCCUUCAUCUGCCACUGAUGCAAUGGCUCAACGAAUACGCCUUCAAGGCCGAGGAAAGCUUGGAUGCUGAUCCAGCACUCGCGGAACGCGUGUAUACACGACUCACGGAACGACUCAUUGAGAACGGUACCGGAGCUGUUCUGCUCUUCGGUACUAUCAAGGUCGACACGAACUUGAUCCUUGCGAAAGUGAUGCAGCGAGCAGGGAUCAGAGCGUUCGUCGGCAAGCUCUCUAUGGACAUUUCCUCGCGCCCAACCUACGUCGAGCCGUCAGCUUCGACGGCAAUCUCGUCAGCAAUCUCGUUUGUGGGCUCUUGUCAUAGCAUGGUCGCACAGCUUCCUGCUCAUGAGCGAUUGGUAGAGCCCGUUCUCACACCUCGCUUUGUGCCUACGUGCUCGGAUGAUCUAUUGAGGGGCCUGGGCGAGCUCGCAUCUGCGGAAAAUCUGCGCGUGCAAAGCCAUAUGGCCGAGGCUCACGACGAAUUGGAUUUCGUGCGUCGAGAACGCGGCAAGUCGGACAUGGAGAUAUUCGCGGAGUCCCGUCUGCUCACGCCGCGCACGGUCCAAGCGCAUUGCACAUUCCUCGACCCGCCUUCCCUGACCGACGUCGCGAAAUCAGGUGCCGCAAUCGCGCACUGCCCGCUCUCGAACGCAUACUUUUCCGCGAAGCCGUUCCGUCUGCGGGAAGCACUCAACCUCGGCGUAAAGGUUGGACUGGGGACUGACAUCGCCGGCGGAUACGACAUUGAUAUGAUGGGAUGUAUGCGGCAGGCGGUGGCUGUCUCCCGAAUGCGCGAAGGAGAUAGGAUCAUGGCUGUCGCGGAGGGACGACGCGGACAGGAUAAUGGAUCCCUCGCCGUCGACUGGAAGGAGGCGCUGUACCUCGCUACGCGCGGCGGUGCAACAGCACUAGACCUUCCAGCUGGUGCUGGCACCUUUGCGGUAGGAGCACCCUUUGAUGCACAGUGCAUCCAGCUCUUCGACUCCAGCACGGGCUCUAGCGUUGGACCCUUGGAUUUCUUCGAUGGCACGGAUCGAAUGUGGCUCACCUUAGACAUGGUAGAGAAAUGGUGGUGUAUAGGAGACAUGCGUAACCGACUCGCGGUUUGGGUACAGGGUAAACAACUGUGGGGAAAGGAGUUGGGCAGCCGCAAUGGAAUACAGCCAAUCGCGUCAUCAGUAUAA